UAUUAUUUUAGCAAUAGAUGAUUAAUACCAUCAUCCUGGGGUGGGAGCAACUCCACGGGAGUUAGUAAGCAGAUAUUUUUAUGGUUUCUAGCAUUUUGACAUUUACAAGGAUUCCUGUGAUUUGGCUCUACUCUCCUUUUCUUACUCAUUGACUACCUCAUCCCGUUGGUCUUCUCUGUAUGUUCGUUCAACUUUUCUUGUCCAUGCCAUACUCAAGGCUUGCAUAGCUUCUCCAGGCUUAAAGCAGCAUUAAACUUCUCUCCUUCCCACUCACAGUACUUCAGCGUUUAGUUCCCUUGGUACAUUCUGUUUCAAAUGUAAGAGAACGUUUUGCCCAACAGGUACCUUUCUCUCUAGCAAUGUCGUGUUCUUGUUGGUUAGUGUACUUAGUAUUUGGCUGCUGUGAGUGACCUAUUUUGUUUAAGUAGAUAGAGCAGGAGGUGUAUUGGAAGAAAAGAAAUGUCUUUGAUGUUUUGAGUGCCUCAAGUGGCUGCCUCAAUAAUACAAGGGUUCUUUUACCAGCAGAAUUGUAGCAUGUGCCAAGAGAAAAUGCAAAAGGCUUGUAAUAGUCUUUUCUGUAUUAAGUGCGUAGUGUGCACUACAUGCUCGGCAUUAACCCUUGUCACAGUCCAUGCUGGGCAGUCUCUUCCUUUCAGCAUUGGGGGGGGGGGCACAAUCCAUUGUUGUUUUCUACUUCCAAGAGUCCAGCCUUAUGGUAAGAGGUCUCAGAAUCAGCCUCUCCAUAGGAAAGUCUGAGAAAAGACGUCUAGAAAAAAGAAAACUUCACUCAUCCUUAACAUUCUAUAUUUGUCCCCAAACGAAGAAUUGGGGAGAAACAAGUCAGCAUAUUGUGAUGGUUUAUAGAGGAACAUGGACAGCUUAACAUUUAUUUGUAGCAAUUUUAAGGCUAUGAUUGGAAUUAUUUAAGUAUUUAUUUAGUUAUGUUUUGGGUAUAGUAAAAAGUGGUACUUUAAAAACAUUUACUGAGUCUUUCUUGCUAAUAGGUAUAUAUAGUAAGUUGCUAAUGGUUUCAUUUUUUAUUUUCUUCUUAAAACUUCUCGUGGUAAUGAUGGUAACAUUGUUCUGUUAUAGAAGGCACAUGGUCAUGUUAUAAUGUGGACUCUGCAGCCAUACUGCCUAUGUUUACAUCCUACUUUAGCUACUGAAUUCGUCAGGAUUCUCUAAAGGAACAGAAAUAAAUCAGUUUAUUAGAAUGGCUUGUAGGCUGUGGUCCUGACAGAAAGGCCAAGGAGCCUGCAGCUGUACUCAGCAGUCCCAGUCUAACGGUGGAAUCCUUGACGUAAUGUCAGUGAAGGAAUGCCUCAGCAUCGGGAGAACAAACUUGCCAGUGCACGUACGUGUGCAUGUGUGUGUGCAUGUGUGUGUUGCUUUUAACUCCUGAGUGCUAGAAUCAUUGGAAUUACAGAUAUGCGUCACCUUUCAGCCUUGCUUUGGUUGGGGAGAGAUGAGGUACUUGAUCUUCCCUUCCAGUCCUUCUGUGGUUUGGUUCUCAUUGAGCUUGCGAUAGUUCCUACCUUUGUGAGAUUGUUAUGUGCAGUAAAGUUUGCUGCCUUCUGGCAUCUUAAUUGUUAACAGUGAGUGUUAGGCAACUCUAACCUCAGAUUCUUAGAAGCUAAGUUUUUUAAGUAGAAGGGCUUUUAAUAAGUGAACACAAUCUAAAUCUUAGUGUGGAUAAAUAUAGCUACUUCAGUAUUAAUUAAGGAAGUAACACCUUUGCCUGGAAUAUUAAAGGCAGAAAGGGAACUGAGCUAAUUAAUUCUACCUCGCUGGUGGUAAUGUUCUUUUUUCUGUUUCCUGGGAUAGAAUAAUCUGUCCUGUUCCCAAAAGAUUAAGAUCUCAAACAACAACAAACAAAAAACAGGUCCCCAGGAGAAACUGAUCCCCAGAUGACUUUCUCUACAAUCAAGUGUAUUAGUGUAUAGUUUCUUUCCUGUUAUAUGUUAUGUAGUCAUUCUUUAGGCAUCAUGUGUUGGAGGUGGACUCUUCAGGUUACCUCUCCCCAGUGUUGGGCAUUUUGGUUAAGGUCACCCCCAUUGAAUUUUGAGAGUCUCUCAUCUUCCAGGUGUCUGGUACUUUCUAGAGCCCCCCCCCCAUGUCUCACCCCUAGAGGCUGCAUAUUUCCAUUCAUUCUCCUGGUCCUCCUGCCCCCACACCCAUACCAGAUCCUGUACCCUUUUCCCCUCCCUCUCCCUUCUCCCACCCAGGUCCCUCUUUCUCUGUGCCUCCUGUGAUUGUUUUCUUCCCCCUUCUGAGUGGGAUUGAAGCAUCCUCCCUUAGGCCUUCUUGCUUGUUAAACUUCUUAUAGUCUGUGGUAUAUGUGUAUCCUAGGUAUUCUGUACUUUUUGGCUAAUACCACUUAUCAGUGAGUACAUACCAUGCAUGUCCUUUUGGGUCUGGGUUACCUCACUCAGGAUGAUAUUUCCUGUUCCAUCCAUUUGCCUGCAAAACUCAUGAUACCCUUGUUUUUAAUAGUGGAGUAGUAGUAGUAUAAAUAAACUACAUUUUUUGUAUCCAUUCUUCAGUUGAAGGACAUCUGGGUUGUUUCCAGCUUCUGGCUAUUACAAAUAAGGCUGCUAUGAACCUAGUGGAGCACAUGUCCUUGUUAUAUGUUGGAGCAUCUUUUGGGUAUAUACCCAGGAGUGGUAUAGCUCAGUCUUGAGGUAGAAUUAUUUCCAAUUUCCUUAGGAACCUCCAGACUGAUUUCCAGUAAGUUGUACCAACUUGCAAUCCCACCAGCAAUGGAGGAGUGUUCCUCUUUCUCCACAUCCUUGCCAGCAUGUGCUGUCACCUAAGUUUUUGAUCUUAGCCAUUCUGACUGGUGUGAGGUAGAGUCUCAGGGUCAUUUUGAUUGGCAUUUCCCUGAUAAAAAUAAGGAUGUUGAACAUUUCUUUAAGUGCUUCUCAGCCAUUCGAGAUUCCUCUGUUGAGAAUGCUGUUUAGCUCUGAACUCUGUUACUCAAUUGGAUGAUUUGUUUUUUGUUUUUUGCUUCUUUUUUUGAGAUUUAACUUCUUGAGUUCUUUAUAUAUUUUAGAUAUUAGUCCUCUAUUGGAUAUAGGGUUAGUAAAGACUUUUUUUCCCCCAAUCUGUAGGUUGCCGAUUUGUCCUAUUGACUGUGUCUUUUGCCUUACAGAAGCUUCUCAGUUUCAUGAGGUCCCAUUUAUCAGUUGUAGAUCUUAGAGCCUGAGCCAUUGAUGUUCAGGAAAUUCCCUCUGUGCCAAUGAGUUCAAGGCUCUUUCCCACUUUCUCUUCUGUUUGAUUCAGUGUAUCUGGUUUUAUGUUGAGGCCCUUGAUCCACUUGGACUUGAGCUUUGUGCAAAGUGAUAAAUAUGGAUCUAUUUUCAUUCUUCUACAUACAGACCACCAAUUUAGACCAGCGCCAUUUAUUGAAGAUGCUUUCUUUUUUCCAUUGUAUUGUUUUGGCUUCUUUGUCAAAGAUCAAGUGUCCAUAGGUGGCGUGAGUUUAUUUCUGGGUCUUCAGUUUUAUUCCAUUAAUCGACCUUUCUGUCUCUGUACCAAUACCAUGUGGUCUUUAUUACUCUUGCUUUGUAGUACAGCUUGAUGUCAGGGAUGGAGGUGAUUCCCCCAGAAGAUCUUUUAUUGUUGAGCAUUGUUCUGCCUAUCCUGUUUUUGGUUUUCCAUAUGAAAUUGAAAAUUACUCUUUCUAUAUCUGUGAAAAAUUAUAUUGGAAUUUUGGUGGGGAUUGCAUUGAAUCUAUAGAUUGCUUUUGGUAAAAUGGCCAUUUCACUGUGUCAGUCCUAUCUAAAUCCAUGAGCAUGGGAGAUCUUUCCUUCUGAGAUCUUCAUAUUCUUUCUUCAGGGAUUUGAAGUUCUUGUCAUACAGGUCUUUUAUUUGCUUGAUAAGAGUUACACCAAGAUAUUUUAUACUAUUUGUAGCUAUUGUGAAGUGUAUUGUUUCCCUAAUUUCUUUCGCAGCCUGUUUAUCAUUUGUAUAAAGGAAGGCUACUGAUUUGUUUGAGUUAAUUUUAUGUCCCACCACUUUGCUUAAGUUGUUUGUCAGCUGAAGGAGUUCCCUUGUGGAAUUUUGGGGGUCGCUUAUGUAUGCCAUCAUAUCAUCUGCAAAUAGUGAUACUUUGACUUCUUCCUUUCCAAUUUGUACCCCCUUGAUCUCCUUUUGUUGUCUAAUUGCUCUAGCUAGGACUUCAAGUACUAUAUUGAAUAGAUAGGGAAAGAGUGGGCAGCCUUGUCCCUGAUUUUAGUGGGAUUGUUUCUAGUUUCUCUCCAUUAAAUUCUCUCCAUUUCAUUGAUUUUUUUUUUAAUUCUUCAGUUUCUGUUGCUGUGUCUCCCUUUUCAUUUUUGAUUUUGUUAAUUAGGAUACUGUCUCUGUGCCCUUUAGUUAAUUUUUUGACACAGACUCUUUGUGUGUAGGUAGCUACAGCAGUCUGAAACUCAAUUAUGUAGCCAGUGUUGCCUCAGUUUCCUAAGUGCUGGGAUUAUACAUAUGUGCUAUCAUCUUGAACUGUCUGUAGCUAGUAUGUUAAUAGGUGUAGCUAUAGCACAUGCAUAUGUAGGCAUGUGUGUCAUGAUGUGUGCAUGAGGUAAGGGCUCUGUGGGGGUCUGUUUCCAUCUAUCCUGUGGGUCCCAGGGAUCUACCUUAAGUCAGUAGACUUGGCAGAAGUCUCCCUUACCCACUGUGAUAUCUUACUGGUCCUGACUUAGAUGUUGUUUAGCUGGUUUUAUCUGUGUGUAGUGUUGCUGUUGAAGUAAUGUUCUACUGACAGACUUAAAUAAUCCAUUUCCUUUCUCUUGUUAGAUGCGAUUCUGUUUUUACUUUAUUGCUAUGAAAUGUUAAUUUAGGUAUAAAUAGUGAAUAAAUUGUGUAGGUGUAUUUCAUUAUAGAAAAGUCACUGCCUUUUCAAGCUCUGUGAAUUGUUUGAAUUAUGUUUGCUUUGUAUUAAUUUGACAAAAGGUUAAGCCGUAUGGAUAAGAAAAUUAUUAGAUUGCCAAAAAUUCUCAACUGUCAUGUUAAUCUGUUGAUUUGAACAGAUGGUAGUUAUUGAUAGGUAUACUAACUAUGGAAAAAGACAAGGAAGCCUCCUUGGAUCUGAUGGUGAAGGAGAUUGGCUUAUGCUGUGUUCCUCACAGUGUGUGUGCAUGUAAAAUUUAACAAGAAAGGACUUGUGAGAUUGAUUUUUGUAGAUAUACUGGAUGGGGAUGGGCUUAAAAUAUAUUUCUUAAUUUUACUUAGACUGAUUUUUGGUAAUAAUUAUUUUAAUUAAUUUUUUCUCAAUAGGAAGAAUGUCUUUUAAGUACUUGACAUGUUUUGCUAAAAAUGUUUUUACUUCUGACAGAAGUGGAUUUCCUGAGUCAUCCUCCCACUUCUGUGCAGUCUUCCCUUCUUAGUAAAUCUCAGUUGGGCAAAAACUGUCUAUCUGACUACCUCUCUAUCCAUCAGUCAGUUAAUUGAUCAGUCAAUGAAAGAUUUCUUACCCAAAGAGAACACUUAGUUACAUAGGGAAUGUGUCCUUGUCUCUGUGGAGGAUUUAUUUACAGAUGUGGUUUUUUUCUAUAUACAUUUUAAGGACUGAGAUCAUAGAAUUAUAGGGCCUUAGAAGAGUGUGGAAUCUUCAGGAAAGGAACCUGAGGAAAAUUUAAACCUUUAUCUCCCAAGUGAAGAAGCAGAGUUGUUUGGUGUUUUGCCAUCUCCUUGUGUUGAUUCAGUGUUGUUCCGGGCAUUUUAGACAGCAUAAAGGAAGAUAUGAGACAGCAAAUUGGAAAGCAUUGGGAGGUCAGUAAAAUCAUGUAUUUAGCUUGCAACAUAGUUUCACAUCUGAAAUUCUCACAUUUGGGAGGCUGAGGCAGGAAGUCAGUCUGAGCUACAUAAUAAGAACCACAUCUUAAAAAUACAGAAAAUGUUUAUGUGUGUCUAUGCAGAGUAAAAACUAUGAAAAAUAACUAGCUUUUCUUUAUAUACAUCCAUUUGUUCUCAUCACACAUAUCCAAUGAGACCAAUCCUCCACUGGCUAUGCCUGCCUAAGGGACCAUUUUCAAGGCACAGGCCUCACUUGAGAGUCAGCCUUACUAUUGCAGGAUGUUUUGACAUUUCAGUGGAUCUGAUCCCAAUGUGCAAAAGGUGCACAUGAGUAUAGCUCGUGUGUAAUCUUGUUUUGGGAAACACCUGGAAAUGAGCUAAUAUAUGCCCUACAUGCUAUCCACUUGAAUUUCUGUUACAUUGAAUUUAACCUUUUCUCGAACUGCCUGCUCUCGUCGUAGGACUUCCUGUCUCUGAAGAGCUAGACAAUGUCCAGUCUUUAGAGGACCUAAAUGGUUGCUGAGAGAUCUUUAGUUUUAGACUCACAAUAUUUAGGUUCAGGCCUAAAUUCUUUCAUUAAUUGAAGUUGGGUUAUUUCAGAAAAUUAAUCUCUGAACAGAAUAACUAUGCAGUUCACAUGGAAAAGAUAUAACCCAUGGGGUAGCAGAGUUCUCUGGGUUUCCUGGGGUAGAGGUAGCCUACAAUUGCUGGGCAAGCAAGACACAGCUCCCUGGGAUCAGGCAAACGGAGGCUAGAACACCAUCAUAAAGAGAGAGUACAAAGCGCAGUGCACACGUACACACCAGUGAGACCUUGGAAACAUCCUUCAGGGUCCAGCCGAACUGGUGGGUGGAAAUGUUGUAGGAGUUGGUGCACCACUGAGGCCACAGUGUCAGGAGAAAAUAAAUACGGGUAUCCUGGUCGCAACAAAACAACUCUGGGAUAUAAGCACACAGAAAGAGUCAAGAGACUGCGGUAUGAUACCCGGGUGCCUGAGAUCCUGUGUCUGUCUACAGGACCAUAGAGAAAUGGUUAUGAGAUCAGGGCUCCAGCAGCCCAGUCCUCCCCUCUCCCCCAAUAUAUUAAGUUCAGAAGUGUUUGUAGUUUUCCCACCACCACAAGUGACUGUGGUUUCUGCAUGCGGCUGGAACAGAACACACCACCACAUGUCUCCAUUAUACUCCACCGGUGACUGGUGACUUUGAGCACAAUGUGCAAAAGCACAGCACCGGAACCAAAAGGAGAAGCUCCCUUCUUCCUGCAGUGCCCUUCAGCUCUCUUCAGUGACCAGUUAACAUCAGUCUGCUUCACUGCUACAGAGCUAGUACUGAAGGAUGCUUGGGGCUGAAGGGCAGUAAGGUAAUAACCAGUACUAAUGCCAACCACACGAAUACCUACUAUCCAGUCUCCCAUCCACUAGGCAGAACCAACCUACAUGACAGCUAGGCUAGUGGUUACUUGUGGGGAAAGAAUGACCAGAAGGAGUGUGGGUGUUGUUUUCACAGUGAUGUUUAGUUUCUGAAGAGCUGCCUUCGUGUAUAUUAUACUUUAGUAAAAGUUCAAAUAUGGAACAAUUGGAUUUAAAAAGUAGAAACGUGGAAACAGUGGAAUCCGGUGUAGUAUAGAUGAAAUAAAAAUCCAGGCUGUCUCAACCUCUAAGACUUGGGGGAGGUGGUGGAGGCAAUGAUGCACAUAUAUAUGUGGGGUGUGGGGUGUGUGUGUGUGUGUGUGUGUGUGUGUGUGUGUGUGCGCGCGCGUGUGUGUGCGUGUGUGAUGUGGUGCGUGUGUGCGUGUGCGUGUGUGUGUGUGUGCGUGUGUGUGUGGUGUGGGGUGUGUGUGCACGUGUGUGUGCGUGCGUGUGUGUGUGCGUGUGUGUGUGGUGUGGGGUGUGUGCGUGCGUGUGUGUGUGCGUGUGUGUGUGCGUGUGUGUGGUGCGUAUGUGUGUGUGUGUGUGCGUGUGUGUGUGCGUGUGUGUGUGUGGUGUGGGGUGUGUGUGCGUGUGUGUGUGCGUGUGUGUGGUGCGUGUGUGCGUGUGUGUGUGCGUGUGUGCGCGUGUGUGUGUGCGCGUGUGUGUGUGGUGUGGGGUGUGUGUGCGUGUGUGUGUGUGUGCGUGUGUGUGUUGUACAUGUUGGUAGCUGUUCAUGCUCGUGGAUGUGUAUAGAGGCCACAGUGUCUUCCUUCAUUACUCCAUCUUACUUUUGAGACAGGUCUCUCUGAGCUUGGAGCACACCAAUUUGGCUACACUAGCCACCCAAGAAGCUCCAGGGAUCCUUCUGUUCCAUCCUGCCCUGUGCUAAGUUACAGAAAUAAAUAUUUCCCUAAGUUGAUGAAAAUGAAAAUACAGAAGAAAGAGAAGCAGUUGUCCAAGUUAAGAGCUUUGAAUCACUCCCCAAUGUCGGAUGCCUCCGUUAACUUUGACUACAAAUCACCAUCACCAUUCGAUUGCAGUCCUGAUCAGGGAGAGAACAUUGAAGAAGCUGCCAAUCAUUGUCUGCCCCAGAAGGACUUCUAUACUACUGAAGAGGAAGCUGACACCCUUUUUUCUAGGAAGUUGAUGUCCCAUAAUGGGAUGGAGGAUAAUGGAGGCAGAGGCACUGGAGUAAAGAAGAAACGGAAGAAAAAGGAGCCAGGGGAGCAAGAGGGGACAAAGGCUAGCAAGGACAGGGAGCCUAAGCCAAAGAGGAAACGAGAACCUAAAGAGCCAAAAGAACCCAGAAGGGCCAAGGAGCCUAAGAGAGCCAAGGAGCCCAAGGAGGCAAAGCAGAAAGACGGCGUGAAGAAGCCCCGGAAGCCCCGGGAGGCCUCCGGUACCAAGGAGGGUAAAGAGAAGAGGAGCUGCACUGACUGUGGACCCAGGACAAAGCCCAAGAAGGCCAGCAAGGAUCAAGGACCAACCCCAGUGGAGAGAAAGAAGAAAGGAAAAAGGAAAAAUGAAACCACCGUGGAGAGUUUAGAGCUGGACCAGAGUCUUCCAAACCCAUCUCUGCAGAGUCCUGAGGAGCCCAGUGAGUCUGCAGACAGCCAGAAACGGCGCUCAGGACGGCAAGUAAAGCGUAGAAAAUAUAAUGAGGACCUGGACUUCAAGGUCGUGGACGAUGAUGGGGAAACAAUCGCUGUUCUGGGAGCAGGCCGGACAUCUGCACUCUCUGCUUCCACCCUGGCCUGGCAGGCUGAGGAGCCUCCAGAAGAUGAUGCAAACAUCAUUGAGAAAAUCCUGGCAUCCAAGACUGUCCAGGAGGUUCACCCAGGAGAACCUCCAUUCGACCUAGAGCUUUUCUACGUUAAGUAUAGAAAUUUCUCCUAUUUACAUUGUAAGUGGGCCACAAUGGAAGAGCUGGAAAAGGAUCCCCGCAUCGCUCAGAAGAUCAAGCGCUUUAGGAACAAACAGGCCCAGAUGAAGCAUAUUUUUACUGAGCCUGAUGAAGACUUGUUCAAUCCAGAUUAUAUAGAAAUUGAUCGUAUCUUGGAGGUGGCCCACACCAAGGAUGCAGAAACAGGGGAGGAAGUGACCCAUUACCUGGUAAAAUGGUGCUCUCUGCCGUAUGAAGAAAGCACAUGGGAGCUAGAGGAAGAUGUGGAUCCUGCAAAAGUGAAAGAAUUUGAAUCUCUACAAAUUCUCCCUGAAGUUAAGCCUGUGGAACGACCUGCCUCUGAUGCAUGGCAGAAACUGGAGACCUCUCGUGAGUAUAAGAACAGUAACCGGCUGCGGGAGUACCAGCUCGAGGGCAUGAACUGGCUGCUUUUCAACUGGUACAACAGAAAAAACUGUAUUUUGGCUGAUGAAAUGGGCCUAGGGAAAACCAUCCAGUCCAUCGCAUUCCUUUCAGAAAUCUUUGUCAGGGGAAUCCAUGGCCCCUUUCUCAUCAUUGCCCCUCUUUCCACCAUCACUAACUGGGAGCGAGAAUUCCGGACAUGGACAGAGAUGAAUGCUAUUGUGUACCACGGCAGCCAGAUCAGCAGGCAGAUGAUCCAGCAGUACGAAAUGGUAUACAGAGAUGCACAGGGGAACCCCCUUUCAGGAGUUUUCAAGUUCCAUGUCGUCAUCACAACAUUCGAGAUGAUCCUGGCAGAUUGCCCAGAGCUGAAGAAGAUUCACUGGAGCUGUGUGGUAAUUGAUGAGGCCCACAGAUUGAAGAAUAGGAACUGUAAACUUCUGGAAGGGUUAAAGCUCAUGGCCCUGGAACACAAGGUGCUACUCACAGGAACGCCCUUGCAGAACUCAGUGGAAGAGCUCUUCAGUUUGCUUAACUUUCUGGAGCCCUCACAGUUUCCUUCAGAGACUGCUUUCUUAGAGGAGUUUGGUGAUCUCAAAACAGAAGAACAGGUAAAGAAAUUGCAGUCUAUCCUAAAACCAAUGAUGCUUCGGCGCCUGAAAGAUGAUGUGGAGAAGAACCUUGCUCCCAAGCAGGAGACCAUCAUUGAAGUAGAACUGACCAAUAUCCAGAAAAAGUACUACCGUGCUAUCCUAGAGAAAAACUUCUCCUUCCUGACCAAAGGUGCAAAUCAGCACAACAUGCCCAACCUUAUCAAUACUAUGAUGGAGCUGAGAAAAUGCUGCAACCACCCCUACCUGAUCAAUGGGGCAGAGGAAAAGAUUCUGGAAGAUUUCAGGAAAGCCCACAGCUCUGAAGCCUCUGACUUCCAGCUACAGGCCAUGAUCCAGGCGGCGGGGAAGCUGGUGCUCAUUGACAAGCUUCUCCCCAAGCUCAUUGCUGGCGGCCACAAAGUGCUCAUCUUCUCUCAGAUGGUGCGCUGUCUCGACAUCCUGGAGGACUAUCUCAUCCAGAGACGAUACACCUAUGAGCGAAUUGAUGGGCGAGUACGGGGAAACCUGCGCCAGGCAGCCAUCGACCGGUUCUGUAAGCCAGACUCAGACCGCUUUGUCUUUCUUCUGUGCACCAGAGCGGGAGGCCUGGGAAUCAAUCUCACAGCUGCUGAUACCUGCAUCAUAUUUGAUUCUGACUGGAACCCACAAAAUGACUUGCAGGCUCAGGCCCGGUGUCAUCGUAUAGGCCAGAGCAAAGCCGUAAAGGUAUAUCGCCUAAUCACUCGAAACUCCUAUGAGCGGGAAAUGUUUGACAAGGCCAGCCUGAAGCUGGGCCUGGACAAGGCUAUUCUUCAGGACAUCAACAGAAAGGGCAGCACCAAUGGAGUGCAGCAGCUCUCAAAAAUGGAAGUAGAAGAUUUGCUCCGGAAAGGUGCUUAUGGAGCUUUAAUGGACGAGGAGGAUGAAGGCUCCAAGUUCUGUGAAGAGGACAUAGACCAGAUUCUGCAGAGACGGACCCACACCAUCACCAUCCAGUCAGAAGGGAAGGGCUCCACUUUUGCCAAGGCUAGUUUUGUGGCUUCAGGAAACAGAACAGAUAUUUCCUUGGAUGAUCCCAAUUUUUGGCAGAAAUGGGCUAAAAUAGCUGAGUUAGACACUGAAGCAAAUAAUGAAAAGGAAAGCUUAGUGAUUGACCGGCCACGGGUGAGGAAACAGACCAAACACUACAACUCAUUUGAGGAGGAUGAGCUUAUGGAGUUCUCAGAGUUAGACAGUGACUCGGAUGAAAGGCCCACACGGUCCAGGCGCCUCAGUGACAAAGCCAGGCGCUACCUCCGCGCUGAGUGCUUCCGAGUAGAGAAGAACCUGCUCACCUUUGGCUGGGGCCGCUGGAAGGACAUCCUGACUCACGGACGAUUCAAGUGGCCCCUGAAUGAGAAGGAUAUGGAGGUGAUUUGCCGGGCUCUGCUAGUAUACUGCGUGAAGCAUUACAAAGGAGAUGAGAAAAUCAAGAGUUUUAUUUGGGAACUAAUCACACCUUCCAAAGACGGACAGGUUCAGACCCUCCAGAACCACUCAGGCUUGUCUGCCCCAGUCCCCAGAGGGAGGAAAGGAAAAAAGACGAAAAACCAGCUGUUGCUCCCAGAACUGAAGACUGCAGACUGGUUGGCCACUUGCAAUCCCGAGGUGGUCUUACAUGAUGAUGGGUACAAAAAACACCUCAAGCAGCACUGUAACAAGGUGCUUUUGAGAGUCCGGAUGCUGUACUACCUAAAAGCUGAAAUAUUAGGAGAAGCAGCUGAUAAAGCCUUUGAGGGAACUCCUGCCAGAGAGCUGGAUGUCCUUCUGCCCGACAUUGACUAUGUGGAGAUCCCAGUAGAUUGGUGGGAUGCUGAAGCUGAUAAGUCCCUUCUCAUUGGUGUGUUCAAGCACGGUUAUGAGAGGUACAAUGCCAUGCGGGCUGACCCAGCACUCUGUUUCCUGGAGAAAGUCGGCAUGCCUGAUGAGAAGUCCCUUUCUGCAGAGCAGGGUGUUACAGAUGGAACCUCAGACAUUCCUGAAAGAGGCAACAUAGAUAAAGAAGACAGUGCUGAGGACAAGGUAGAUGGUCUCCAGAAGCAAACGGCGAGUCCCAGUGAUGGAAGUGAUGGCAUUUUUGGUGAAAAGAAGGAUGACAGCCAGGCAGCCCAGGAUGGCUCCGACCCAGACAAAUCACCCUGGCCAGUUUCCUCUGCCCUCACUGCUCGACUAAGGCGUCUGGUCACUAUUUACCAGCGCUGCAACCGCAAGGAGCUGUGCAGACCUGAAAUCCUAGGCCCAGGUAACCAAGGAUACUGGGUUCAGGAGGAGGUGUUCAGGAGAACUUCAGACAUGGACCUCAUCAACAAGGAAGCCCAAAAAAGGUGGACUAGAAGAGAACAAGCCGACUUCUAUAGAACCGUGUCUUCCUUCGGUGUUGUGUAUGACCAGGAAAAGGAAGCCUUUGACUGGACGCAGUUCCGCGCCAUUUCUCGCUUGGACAAGAAGUCAGAUGAGAACCUGGAGCACUAUUUUCAUAGUUUUGUAGCCAUGUGUCGGAAUGUGUGUCGUCUUCCCACAUGGAAAGAUGAUGGUCCCCCUGAUGCCAGCAUCUAUGUUGAGCCCAUCACCGAGGAACGGGCAGCAAAGACUCUGUACCGCAUUGAACUACUGAGGAAAGUCCGUGAGCAGGUGCUCACGUGUCCUCAACUGCAUGAGCGCCUCCAGCUUUGCAGACCCAGCCUCUACCUCCCAGUCUGGUGGGAAUGUGGGAAACAUGAUCGAGACCUGCUUAUUGGCACCGCCAAACAUGGGCUCAACCGCACUGACUAUUACAUCAUGAAUGACCCCCAGCUGUCCUUCCUAGAUGCCUAUAGAAACUAUGCCCAACACAAAAGAACUGACACCCAGGCUCCUGGAAGUCUCUGUUGCCUUUACCAGGGCAAUUCUAAACUAUAUGAGUCUCUUACUUAUACGCCAAUGAGUAGGACUUCAGAGUCUCUUGAAAGUGAGCCAGAGAAUCUGGUAAAAAUGGACAGCAGGGACGAUCAUCUCUGCCUGCCUGAGGCUGGUCUGCCUGACAUAACCUGUGAAAACUUUGUUUCCAAAGUUCAGGAAGUCAUUUCUCUGGACCAUGAUGAAAGCUUGCUGCCGGAGUCUUUGGAGAACAUGAUGUAUGGCAAGACAGGACUCAGCCAGGAGCCACGAUCUUUUCAGGAGGCCCCAAGUACCAACAUGCAGUCCAGGAAAAAGACUGUCACCGUCUCAGCCAGCAGAGACGAGAGCUGCCAGCUUCCUGGUAUUGAGGCAGAAAUUACUUCAGCUUCCUCUCUCAUGAGCAGCUUAGAAGCAGGAGUGGCCAAGAUGAAUAUUAAAAAUGGAAAGCAUUUGUUGGUAUCGAUCUCAGAAGAAGGGGAGCCCUGCUGCAGCGAGACAGGGCGGAGCCCUGAAAGCAGAGGCCGCCUGGAGGCCAGAUGCUUAGCUUCCCCUACCUUAGAUACAGGGCACGAAAGUGGGUUUGUAGAUCUGUGCAGCCUUAGUGUCUAUGACUCCAAAAGAAACUUCUCAUCAGAUCAGCAAUUAAUUGAUUUAUUAGAAAACAAGAGUUUAGAAAAUAAGUUGAUUUUGAAUCAGAGUGAUGAGGAAGAGGAAGAAAAUGAGAAGGAAACCUUAGCCAUAGUAGCCAGCACCACAGAAAAGCCAGCGGUCUUAGAUUUCACCCAGCCCACUGCAAGCAUCCCAAGGGGAAAGAACCUCAGCUUCCACCAAGAUGAAGCCAAGAAAGGAAGGCUGGAGGUGGGAAGCAAGACUCCUGGACCACAGAGGGCCUUUCCUCCCUCAGCCAAUCAGUGCCACUGCAAACACAUUGAAAGGUGGGCACAUGGCCUGGGGAGUGAGGAAUCUGAAGGAGAGAAACCCAAGGCUUACGAGCCAGACCCGUACAGAAGCAAAGCCAAUAAUACCACAGUGGAAGGUGAGCCUGCUAUUAUUCCAACAGAGCCAUUUAAACUGAAGCAUGAGCUUUUAAAAGAACCGUGGAAAGAAAGUUCAGAGGGGGGGAAGAGUUUCUCCAUGUAUGUUCCCGAGGGAAGUGAACCCAAAUCAGAAGAAAUGGAUUUUGAGAAUAAAGAUGAUUAUGAGAAGGAUGGAGCCUGCCACAGUCAAGACUACCCAGGCAAAUACUCUGAGGAGGAGAGUAAGAGUUCGGCAUCAGGCAUUGCAGGAGACCUUGGGGAAGAGGCACAGGAAGUGCGGGCUCCCACCAUUGCUCAGCUCCUGCAGGAAAAAACCCUCUAUUCCUUCUCAGAGUGGCCAAAGGACCGUGUGAUAAUUAACCGCCUAGAUAAUAUUUGCCAUGUGGUGUUAAAGGGGAAGUGGCCCUGCAGCCACCAGUAUGAGCCCUCAGGUGCACUGCCCACGCCAGUGUUAUCCAGCAGUGCAGGUUCUCGAAGCAGCCUCUCAGAGCCAGAAGCAACCGAACACAGCUUCAGCAAUGGUGCAGCAUUGGCAGCCCAGAUCCAAAAGGAGAGCUUCUUAGCCCCAGUAUUCACAAAAGAUGAACAAAAGCACAGACGUCCCUAUGAGUUUGAGGUGGAAAGGGAUGCCAAAGCUCGGAGCCUAGAAGAAUACUCUGCCAGCCAUGGGCGUCCCCCCAUUGUCCUCAAUGGCUGGCAUGGGGAGUCAGCUAUAGACCUCUCCUGCUCAUCAGAGGGGUCUCCAGGAGCCACAUCUCCUUUCCCAGUAAGUGCCAGCACCCCUAAGAUUGGUGCUAUCAGCUCACUUCAAGGAGCCCUCGGUAUGGACUUGUCUGGAAUUCUGCAAGCUGGCCUAAUCCACCCAGUAACUGGACAGAUCGUCAAUGGAAGCCUCAGGAGGGAUGAUGCUGCCAUGAGAAGGCGAAGAGGGAGACGAAAACAUAUUGAAGGAGGGAUGGACCUCAUCUUUCUGAAGGAGCAAACACUUCAGGCUGGAAUCUUGGAAGUCCAUGAAGAUGCAGGACAGACUACCCUGAACACCACACACCCUGAAGGGCCAGGAGCUGCUUCCUCAGCUUCUGAGCCAACAGCAGCAGCCAGCAGCCAGGCUGAGAAAGCUGUUCCCAGCAAGAGCCUACUUGACUGGCUGCGGCAGCAGGCUGACUACUCCUUGGAUGUUCCUGGCUUUGGGGCAAGUUUUUCAGACAAACCCAAGCAGAGGAGACCACGCUGCAAAGAACCUGGAAAAUUAGACAUCGGCUCUCUAGGUGGAGAAGAGAGGGUUUCUGCUGUCCCCAAGGAGCCAGGACUAAGGGGGUUUCUCCCAGAAAGCAAAUUCAAUCACACCCUAGCCGAACCUGUGCUUCGAGAUGCAGGCCCCCGCAGGAGGGGGAGGCGGCCUCGGAAUGAGCUCCUAAAAGCUCCAGCCAUUGUAGCAGACUCUCCUUCUGGAAUGGGACCACUGUUCAUGAAUGGGCUGAUUGCAGGGAUGGACCUGGUAGGAUUGCAGAAUGUGAGAAAUAUUCCAGGCAUUCCUCUCACUGGGCUGGUGGGCUUCCCAGCUGGUUUUGCCACCAUGCCUACUGGUGAAGACGUCAAAAACACCCUGAGCAUGCUGCCCAUGAUGCUGCCAGGCAUGGCCACAGUGCCCCAGAUGUUUGGUGUUGGCGGACUCCUCAACACACCCAUGGCAACCACCUGCACGACCACUGCAUCAGCGUCUCUCGCAAGCACAAAAAGUGGUGCCUCAGCCACUGAAAAAACUACAGAGGACGAGCUGAGUGGCCGUGAUGUGAAAGCAGACAGUCUGGUCGAAGAUAAGCCUGGCCCUAGUCCAUUUUCUGAUCAGUCUGAACCCACAAUAACUACAAGUAGUCCUGUGGCUUUCAACCCAUUUCUCAUCCCAGGAGUAUCUCCUGGACUCAUCUACCCCUCCAUGUUUCUCUCCCCUGGCAUGGGCAUGGCUCUGCCAGCCAUGCAGCAGGGUAGACACUCAGAGAUGGCCGGUCUAGAGACCCAGAAGAGGAAAAAGAAGAAAACAAAGGGGGACAACCCCACCCCAGAGCCUGCUUCUGUGUGUGAGAGGGAGCCAGGCAGUGAUCAGAACUGCACCGAGUCCAGUGUCACUGUGUCCCCAGAGAGAGAACACGUGGCACAGGCCAGGGAAGAGGGGCUCAAAGACUCUAACGAUGAUACCAAUUAGAACUUUUUCAUUUAAGAAAUUAUUGUGACUUGUAAGUUUCUUAUCCCAUAAAGGUUUGUUACUUCCCUCACUUCCCCUUCAUAAGAACCUGUGUUUUCAUCAGUAAUAUUACCUACCUACCUAAUUUCCUGUCUGAGGACUAUGGUAACAUGUUAAUAGUUGCAGGGUCUUGCCACUUCGUUAGAUAAGUGUCACCUGCCUAGUCUAGGAGACACAGAAUUCUUUAUUUUAUCCGGUUCAUUCCAGCAAUCACAGUUGAUACAGAGCUUGGUGACAUGCCCCCUUCUCCUUCUCUUUCAAGUCCCACUCUCCUGAGGAAGAAAUGGCAGAAGAAAGCUGGCUAGGGAUUCACUGUGGGGCCAAAGAGCAAAGACGAAAGUGAGCAACUGAAUAAGGAGGACAGGUCGAGGAAACCAAAAGGCACACAAUAGGAAGUGUCCAUGUGUACUUUCGUAGUUCAGGCGUCCCUAUUUUAUCAUGGUCACUGAGUAGUUUAGUCUACAGCAUGUAAACCAAUGGCUCAAGUGCACAGACUGAUGGCUGCUUUCAAAGAGGGACCUUCCAGGUAGUAAUAGAGUUCCCCCUCUUAAGCAAGAAGAAAUACUGGCCAGCUAGGCAGUACACCUGUCAUCUCUGCCGAAUCUGAGACACUUCAGCGCCUCGAGUUACUGCAGCAACUGGGAGGGCGCUGCUCAGGGCCCAUGGGUGCUGCUGGCACUCAUGUCCCCUCUUAAGAAACCUGCUGGACUUCAUUUUGUGCUCUUUUCACCCAGAGCCAGGCCUUUUGGAGCCUAGGAAGGUAAUCACUCAGCACUUGCUAGAUUCUGCCGUCAGCCUAGCGUGUCAAAACACCAUCUUUUACAUUGCAACUGUGAAGUUUUGUCCCUCUCCAUUUUCUCUCUACUCGGACUGUAUCUUAAGAGUUGGGCCCAAAUUCCAAAUUGUCAGUCAGGCAAGGUUCUGUUAGUCAGCAGCGUGCUCUCUCCAGCUCUGUGUUGAAAAACUGAGCAAGAGAGCCCACUUGGCUGCGCUUCUGCUUCCGGUUUUCUUUCCCCUCACCCUCACAUCAUGUCCCUCCUGAUGGUCUCCUCCGUGGACAGCUCCUGCUGAGACUUGAACCAGCCAAGCCCAGUUCUCUAGGGCACAGGCUCAGGGGCUGGACAGGUGGUGGGUGUCCCGAGUACCAGGUUCACUUCGGUGUCACAGUUGACUGUGUUUAUUUUUACUGUUUCUGUUACAGUUUUGCUAAUUUAUCAGAAGGUCCGAAAGUUUGGCAUGCUAUUUCAGUUUGCAUUAUUUAUUUAUGAUGAUUUUUGUCAUUGUCUUUUAUACAUUUGGGGUUAUAAAUUAUGUAAAUGUUAAAAUGAGCAUCUCAAAGAAGUCUGUUAAAUUGUGACCGGGAAAAAAAGCCAAUCAGGUGUAUUUUCAAAACGGAGAGUCCCAGUUUUAUGAAUCAUAGAUAUAAACUAGAAAUUCUAUUACUGAUCUAUAAGAAAGAAUCCAAGAACUGAAUAAAUGAUAUUUAAUGGCGUCUUUGUAGUGUAGAAGGUCUGUGAUGCUGAUAACAGAUUUCUUAGAAAUGCUGUUCACUGUUGAACUAACAUUCUGCUCAGUUCUGCCUCCAGUGGAAGCAGACAGGGCUUUUCAGCUGUUAAAUCCUAAAAAUCAAUAUAAUUUAUUUAUGUAAAAGAAACACGCAAUCAAUAUAUUUUUGAACCUUUUAAGUACUAAUUUUCUUUUUAUCAAGUAGAAAAAAAUGUAUUUGCCCUAAAUCCUUAAAAUACAAAUGCUAUAUAAAAACUCCUGUAUCUUGAAAGCCUUACUGCAAAUGAGCAUUAUAGACACCCAGCAGAGUCUGCUCUUCCUGUUGUCUCCUGUGUUGUUUCAUGUGGAGAGCUCCUCUCCCCAGCUCCCACUUAAACCUCCGAGUAGGUCACAGGGUUCAGUGUGGACCUGGCUUAACCACCAGCAUGCGCACCCCUUGCUAUAUCUUACCAAACCUGUAUGUUAGCUCUUGGGUGUUUAGGCUUCUGUUGACUGCUGUUGUGAUACUGUUUGCAAAAUGAACUUGACACUGUGGACUAUUUGCUCUGUAAGACAUACGUGCUGCUUAGGAUUAUUUUAACGUUCCGAGAGCAAAAGCCAAAUUUAAACUCUCUUCAGCAAA